UUUCAUUUGAAUUAUUUUUUUUUAUAUCUUUUAGAAAGAAAAUUUUGUAAAUUGUAAUGUAUAGAGAAUUAUGUCUACAUUAAUACAUGAUUAUACAAAUGAAAUAAUUGGUAAAAGCCUUUUGGGAAUGACAAAACUACAUAAUGGUUUAAUUGUAUUAGAAAAUUGUAAUACAGUGUUACAUAAAAAUUAUACAAAUAUGACUGGAAAGGUAAAGUUAAUAUCUGGGGGCAAAGUAGAAAAUGAAUUGACAUAUACAGGAUUUGUAGGUCCUGGCAUGUUAACAGCAGCAAUUUUAGGAAAUACUUUUUGUGCACCUCCAGCUAAUGAUAUCCUGAAAGUUAUUGAAGAAGUUGGAUUUGAUCAUUCUUCUGGAAUAUUGUUAAUUAUUCAAAAUGAUACAGAAUAUAUUAUUAAUUUUACUGCUGCUAAAUUACAAGCUGAGGCAAAAGGAUAUAUUGUUAAAAUAAUUACAAUAAAAAGUACAUCCCAUUAUUGUGGAAGUACUACUCAGGAGCAAGAUUUUUCACCAAUAAUUUUUAUCUAUAAAAUAGCAGGAGCUAUGUCAGAAGAAGGAAACAAUAUAAAUGAAAUCUAUUCUGUUUGCAACUCUAUUGCAAACAAUGGAGAAAUGACUCUUCUGAAAGCAGAAUAUGAAAGGAAAAUGUGUAAGGAGUAUGAAUUAGAAAUGUUUUCAAAUUUAGCUAAGCAAAUACUUGAACCUGUAAUAAAUAUAUUGAAUUCAGGAUCAGAAGGUCAAAGUAAUAUAUGUGAAAUGAAAACAUUUCAUACUGGUCAUGAGAUUGCAAUUAUAAUAAAUAACUUUGGUCAUAAUCAAAUAGAGACAAAUACCUUUAUCUUAGAACUUGUUAAACAAGUAGAAACAUAUGGAUUAAAAACGAAAAGAAUAUAUGUAAAAUCAUUGAUGACUGAUGUCAGUGGUUUUCACAUUUGUUUAUUAAACCUUUCAUUUACUAAAGUAUUGAUUAAGUAUUUAGAUUUUCCAACAUAUGCACCCGCAUGGCCGAAAGUGUUAACAUUUGAAACAAUGAACAUUAAAAAUGACGAUACAACACAACUAAUUACAUCAGAAAAGUAUUGUAAGGGUAUCAACACAUCUGACAUAAAUAUUCAAGGGCCAAUAAUUAGUUACGAAACUGCUCAAUUAUUUUUAUCAGUCAUAUCAAUGGCAUGUGAAGCAAUAAUAGCAUGCACAAAUCAAUUAAAUAAAAUGGAUCAACAAUUUGGAAAUGGGGAUUGUGGCACAAGUCUUGCACGUGGAGCUAAUGCAAUACAACAUGCCAUUCAGGAAAAUAAAAUAUUGGGAACAAAUGUGUGUGUAACAUUUACCCAAAUUAGUCAAAUUAUUGAAAGAACAGUGGGUGGUGUACAAGGAGGACUAUACUCUUUAUUCUUUCAUAAUAUUGCUAAAACUUUUUCAGAAUGUGAAAAUGAUAAGAAAUUAACAGCAGAUAUGUGGUUAUAUGCCUUAGGCAAAGCAAAGGAAAUAAUAGAACAACUUGAAAUAACUUCUAUAAAUGAUGGAACACUGUUACAUGUUUUAACAGAAGUGGAAAAUGAUUUAGAAAAUGCAUUAAAUAGAAACAUGAAUCCUCUUGAUGCAUUUGCUAUAGUUGUAAGAACUGCUGAAAACUUUGCUAUAAAUACUGUGCAUACACAGUCUUCUCAUAUAAAAAGAUAUAAAGAAUUGAAAUACCCUAAUCCUCAAGCACAUGCAGUAGGUAUAUGGAUGAGAGCUGCAUAUGAAGUUACUAAUCAAAAUAUUGUUGAAGAUGGACAGUAUGAAUGCGAAGGAUGCCAAAGUAUUGGUAAUGUGAAAUAUUUAAGUAAUGAACAUGAAACCAGGACAUCAUUCCUAUCUGCUCAACAAUCGUUAACUCAAGAUAUUUGGUGCCUAUUGAAGCACGCAUGUUUUAGGAGUUUAAGCUGUGAAGUACAUCCUGGUAAAGAAGGUGUUUGCUACUUUGGAGAUGAAUAUAGGGGGCAUGUUUUAAGUCAUACAUUUACAUUAAAAGAUGCCCAGGCAAGAGGUUUUCGCAAAUGGUGCAGUUUUAUUGUUUUCAUGAGGGAUAAACAAUUUCUGCUAAACAUGUGGCCUUUUUUAGUCGACAAUUUAAAGGAAGUAAUUAGAGAAUUACAAGAUUUUGCUGAAAAAAAGUAUAAUGCUGAAGAAGCAAAAUGUCCACAAAGAAUUGUUCGUCUAUCAGCUAACAAUGGAUCAGGAUCAUACAAUAAUUCAAAUAAACAGCCUAGAACUUUGAUCAGUAUCACUAAUGAAAAACAUGUGUUUAUAAGAAUUCACAUGUGGCUGGUAUGGAUUCUUAGUGCAGGAGCAAGACACUUUGUGGAAAUUUUUCCCAUGAGUUUAUUAGAUGACGAAUUAAACUACAAUUUAGAGCAUCAGAUUGAAACCGAAGAUGGAUUCACUUUAGUAAAUGCCAAAUUACCUGUAAAUUUAAAUUUAAAUUCGAAUGAACAAGAAGUAACGUCUGAAUUCUUAGAAGUCUCAGGAAAAUCUACUACAGUGAUACUUAGAGAUUUAAGAAUUGUAUUAGGAAAAGAGCAGUUUAGACAACUUUUAUAUUCUAGUUUAACAGGUGUUCAAAUUUUGGUAAGAGGUCCAAACAUUCAAAGAUUGGAAUCUUUAUAUGGACUUAGUUCUCUUAUUCCACGUGCAUGUAGAAGAGUUAAAACUCAAGCAACAGAAUAUAUGGAUCCUAAUAAGUGUAACUUUAUUGGUGUGGAUACUUCAGUGGCUGUACCUGUACCAUGCGCGAAUGUGUGUAGAUUAGAUAUCGUAUCUAGUGAGCAUAAAAUUGAAAAUUCUAGCUCACAUGUUGUCAGAUGGACAGGUACAUUACCAUUAAAGCUCCCAACGUUAUUAACAAAGAUUGAAAAAUCACUGGAUAAUGAAAAACUUGGAAAUUCUACUCUUAAAGCACAUUUUGCUGCACUGCAAGAAGAAUGGGCAAACAUCGCAAAAGUAGUCCAUGCGAUGAGAGGUCGUGGGCAUAGCGGAGACCUUUCUGGACUUAUGCUUAGCUUAGGUGCUGGUCCUCAUGAUAAAAAAUUAUUAGACGCUUGGUCAAUGGGAUUGCCACCAAACCCAGCAUAACUUUGUAAUCAAUCCAAAAUGUUUUACGUGUUGUAGAGUAUUAUUUGGUAACAAUUAAUUUAAUAUACGUGUAUUCUCUUA